AUGGUUUGGGACUAUAAGCUGCUCGACUCUGUAUCCGUCAGUCCACUUGACUGCAUCUACCAGUUUUUCUGCCUUCCCUGUGCGUGGGGUGAGUUGUACGCGGUCGACCAAGGAGAGCGCUGUCUUCAGCCGCAGUGCCUCAUAGGCACCCUCAUCGCCUUCGUGCCGGUUUUAAACUGCUUUUGCUUUGCAAACCGGCGCGCUGAGCAGAUGGAACGUAUGGGAAUGUACGUUGACUAUCUUGAGGUAUGCGCUGUUAUUUGUGGUUUUCCCAGCGCUUGCUGCUUUGUGCACCAGGAGCGACUGCAGUACAAUGGAACAGGUGCAGAGCCGAAGCUCAUUCUCAUGGAGUAA